CAAAAAGGGAAACACUACAGUACAGUCCAUAGGUGAUGAGGACAACAUCAAUCAUUUCGAACACAAAUCUUACUUCCUAAAACAAAAUCCCACACGUUACCAUCCAAUCUGCCCCCAAUUUCUUUCUUCCUUUGCAAACACUUGAACCACAAUACUCCUCCAUUUACAUUACUUCCGAUCUUGCCACAUUUUUACUUGAUUAUAUAAUAAAGUGUCUCUCACUCACUGUGUAGAGUAAUCUACAAGAAGGAACACACACACGCACAAAGUCUCCUGUCACAAAGCAAAAGAAAGAAAAAGAAAUGCUAGAUCCAACAAAUGAAAUGCUACCUCCACCUUCAUCUCCUACAAUCUCCUCCGUUUCCUCCUCCGAUCUUGACACUGAGUCUACAGGGUCAUUUUUUCAUGACAGAAGCACAACUUUGGGGACUCUAAUGGGUGUGAGCUUCCCCGCUAUAACUUUCAGAGCCCCAUCACAAAAUCGAGACCCCCACGUAACCGUGUCCGUGUCCGUGACCAGGAAGGCCAAGAAGACAAGAAAAAGCAACGGCGGCGUUCCGCCGCAGAUAAUGGUGGAGAGGCGGCGGAGGUGGUGGAGGCUGUGUAGGGACGAAGAGGCGAGACCAUCUUCGCUUGGAGAGUUUCUUGAGGUGGAGAGGAGGUUUGGGGAUGGAGCGUUUUUUGGUGCGGCGGCGGCGGAGCUUGAAGGUGGAGUGGUGGUGGAGCAGCCGCAGCAGAGUCAGAGGAAUGAACGGCUGUUGUUUGCUGAUGGAAGGGUGCUUCCGCCUGCUCCUGAUGAUCAGGCUGCAUCAUCGGCUGGGGCGCUUUGUCGAUUCUCGGUUUCACUCACUGGGAUCUGUAGUGGCGGUGUAGGGUAAUUUUUUUUUUUUAAUUUUUUUUUUCGUUUUUAAUGGUGGGGUUCUUGGAAUUUAGUUAUUAGUGUUACUAAUUUUUACUAUUAAUUGAAGAUUUAAUAUUGUCUUUAAUUAGUUUUGUCUCUGAAGAUAAAAAGCAUUGUUUUGGCUUU